AUGGCUACUGAGCUACCACUGCAUCUUGGGCCGCCGGUGGAGACGCUGCCAGUGCCAGCCCUGCCAUCCGUUGAGCCAGUGAAGGAGGAGGUCCAUCCAACCAAGACCACAGACGAGGAGCCAACGCAGCCCCCGAACCCGGAGAAGUCCGAAACGGACAGACUCCUUGAGGAAAUUGCCCUGUUGACCGCCACCCAGAAAGGGUUGGAGCCAAAGUUGGACGGCGGCUCCGGCUCUGGCCCAUCAUCAAACGGCCCGCCCCCGCCCCCGCCACGGAAAGCAUGGUCGUUCGGGACAGAUCGCCGUGAUAGAGCCCGUGGGGAGGUGACCUCUGUGCCUCCGCCAGGAGAAAAACCCGACGACAUUCCGCCACCCCGGGUCUCCCAGAUUAGCCGGGUACCCUGGGCGGCCUUCCAGCGCACCCGCCAUAGCAGCCCAUUUGCCAUCGACGUCCUGGUCGGCGACCCCGAUCCGAAAGUCGCCAUACUCACCCGCUUUUCACAAUUCAAUGUUCCCGCGCCGGCUCGCCAGGUGGCAGAGGCGGCCGACGAAGCCGAAGCGGCUGAGGCGGCCGAGGGAGCGUGGGCUGAGGACGAUCUAGACGACCUGGAAGAUCACGAUCACAUCCCCAUUAAAAAAGCGUCGACCGUUGUGGCCAUGCCGCCCAGCCACACUCAGCGUACCAAGGUUCGGAGUCAGGCACCCCUGCCAGAGCGCAUCCGCAUCAACUCCCCAGCCAUUAUCGAGCUUCUCAACAACAUAGUCGAUAUGGACGAGGACAAGGCCGAAACAGACGCCCCCCUUCUCAUGAUGCAGCCCUUCCGAGCUCUGGUCUACCAUAAAGACGAAAUCCGAAACGCCAAAAAGAGGCUCGAGGCCGAGAUCAGGGACAAGGACAAAAACAUGGCAAAAGCCAAGGCGCUAGUACAGACUGGACUAUCUGGGGGAGAAAAGAAAAAGGACGACGACGAUACGUCUGGUGACGGGGACAAAGCUGGGCUAAAGAUUUACGGAGACGCGGAACCCGAGAGCCCGCCGGCAUUCAAGGAUGACGGACCCAGCUACAUUGGCCCCCUGCUGAACAGCCAGAGAGACGUCGACGACAUCCAGUGCCUCGUCGACUUCAUCGACACGGAACUGGAGGGCAGGCUGGCGUACCUGGCGAGCAUCGACUGCCAGCGUGUUGCCUUUAGCGACAUCUGGCACCUGUUCAAGCCGGGCGACUGUGUGCUCGGCGCCGACGCCAAGCAGGCGUACCGCGUGCUCAACGUAGAAUAUUCCAAGCACAGCAUGAAGCUGCCGUCGCCCCGCGACGUCUGGCGCCACGGUGCGAAGGCCCGACUCGAGGACUCGCCCAUCACCAUCCAGUGCAUCUACAUCGACUUUGACGGUGAGCAGAUCGGCCCCGUCCUCAAGACGUUCGAGUUCCAUCGCUUCGAGGGCGACAGAAACGUGCGUUCGCUCGACAUCGUCCCGCUGCGCCUCGCCAAGGCAGACGGCGAGCUCGAGAAGACGCUGAUCAAGCGCGGCUCGACCUUUAUCGAAGCAUGCGGCACGGGGCGCCGCGGCGUGCCGCUGCACUACUCGGGUCUUACGCUGGACACCAAGGAGGAGGUCAACAGCCAGGUCGUCAUCGACUUCGAAGAAGCCUUUGCCGCCAACGGCGGGAACCGCAGGAACGAAAAGGGCGGCCUGACAACAGAGCAGGUCGUCCUCGAGCUGUUCGUCAGCAUGCUGCGAGAAGAAGCACCCAAGGGGCAGAAUCCCGUCUUCGUGCCCGACGCCAUGGCGCAGAACUGGAAGCCCACCAUCGAGAACAUCGACACGCGGUACCAGGACGAGAUCAAGAAGAAAGAUGAAGAGGCCAGUAAGACAGCCCGACGCUCCGAGUACGCCACGGACUCGGACUCGGACCGGUCUAGGGGGUCUAUAACGCGGCGGCGCAAGCUCAACAAGAAGCACUCGCGCAACCGGCAGUGCAUCCCCGAGUGCUGCGGGACCGAGAACGUGCACGACGACACCUACGUUGAGCGCGGGCGCACCACUGACUUCAUCCAGGGGCAGUUCCGCGAGCAGCGCGAGAUAGGGCUGCGCCAGCGCGUGCCGUCGCUGGCCAUCUCGCCGCAGCCGCUGAGCAGGGCCACCGAGGACGAGCACUUCAUCACCGACGGCGAGCGGCUCAUCGUUACGUAUCGCGUCUUCGGCUUCAUCAUGCGCAGCCGCAAGUGGGCCCAGCUGGACCUCACGCACCUCGGCCCGCCCAAGGGUGAGAACACGUUCGACUUGCUCGUGCUGCCGCCCGGCCACCGCAACAUGGUCGAGAGCUUGGUUACCCAGCACUACCUCGACAAGGCGUCGGCGUUGGACGAGACGGACGAGCGGGACAUUGUUCACGGGAAAGGCAAGGGCUUGAUCCUGCUCCUCCACGGGGCUCCGGGGGUAGGAAAGACGACCACAGCAGAAUGCGUUGCCACCUAUUUCCACAAGCCCCUGUUCCAAAUCACCUGUGGAGACUUGGGGGCCACGGCCGAAGUGGUCGAACGGCGGCUGGAGACCAACUUUGCCCUAGCCAGUCGGUGGGGUUGCAUUUUGCUCAUUGACGAAGCCGACGUGUUCCUCGAGGCGAGGCAGACGGAGAACUUUGACCGAAACAGCCUCGUGGCGGUCUUCCUCCGCACCCUCGAGUACUACACGGGCAUUUUAUUCUUGACGACCAACCGCGUGGGCACGUUCGACGAGGCGUUUACAUCACGCAUCCACAUCAGCCUGUACUACCCGCCACUGGAUCAGGCGUCCACACUCGCCGUGUUCGAGGUCAACCUGAACCGGAUCAAGGAGCGGUUCAACAAGAAAGAGGAGCGCGGCGUCGCGAAGCUAUUGCUCCAUGAGCGGUCCAUCAAGGCCUUCGUGCUCAACUACUACAGCCGCAACAAGGAAGCGCGCUGGAAUGGGCGCCAAAUCCGCAACGCCUGUCAGACGGCGCUCGCGCUAGCCGAGUUCGAGGCGCACAAGAAGGUCGCCAAAGCGACAAACAGCGCUGCGGGAGGCGGCGGGGCCGGAAUCGGCCGCACCGUCAUGGACGUGGCCGCCACGUCGCGCACCAUGGUCACGGUCAAGAUGUCGGCCAAGCACUUUGGCGACGUGGCCGAGGCGUACCUGGCCUUUAUGCGCUACCUGCGCGACGUGCACGGCGUCAGCGCCGCGCAGCAGGCCAAGAACUACCGCCUGCGCCACGACCGCUACGGGCUCGGCCGCGAGCCGCCGACCACGGCCGGCGGGCUGGGGCUUCUGGCGUCGCGGCAGCAGCACCAGCGGCCGCAGCAGACUCAGGCUCAGAGGGCGCCGCCAGUGCAGAAGCGGACGACCACUACCACGACCACCACCGUUGGGCGCGGCGCUGCUGCUGCGCGGACCCGGCAGCCGGUGCCGCAGCGGGCGGCGAGGCCGAAGCAGGUCGAGGUCGAGGUAGUAGAGGAAGAAGAGGGUCUCGGCGGGUAUGGGUAUGGCGAAGCAGAAUUUUACGAAGAAGAGCAGGAUGAAGAUGAAGAUGAAGAUGCGCUGCUAGAUGAGGAAGAGGAGGCGCUGGAGGGUGAGGAGGAAGAGGAAGGCGAGGAGGAAGAAGAAGAAGAAGCAGAAGAAAAUGAUGAAGAAGCACAGUUCGACGAGGAUCUUGAGGACGAGCAAGAAGAGGUUGACGAGGAGGACGCAGAGGAAGACCUGGAUGACGACGCCAAUUUCGGCGCCCUGGACGACGAGCAACUUGGCGAAGUAGAAGAAUUCUUAGAAGAUGAGUUCCAGGAGGAGGGGGAAUACUCUUACGAGCCGCCGCCCAAGGCCAGGCCCCAAGCUGCCGGCGGCGGCCGUGGUUUGACGCCCCGAUCCCGGGGACAGUCCAAGGCGGCACCACCAGUGGCAAAUUCGCGUGGUGGCGGUGUCGGCCGCGGAAAAGCGGCCGCCACUGCUGCCACCCCUGCCCCAGCGGGGAGACCACUGGGCAAGUCGCCGAGGGGAGGCCUUGCGCCGCGUGCGGGACAAGGACGCGGUAAGGCGCCGGCGGGCGCGGCAGUAGCUAGCCGAGGUCGUGGUCGUCGAGUGGUUCCGAAGCAGGAGUAG